AUGAGUCUCUGGUCCUACACCUGUCGUUCUUACGGCCCUUUCAAGGGGCCUAUACAAAGACUCCCAAAUGAUAUGAAUCCCUGCCUCUACAAUCUCUACCAACGCGCCUACCUCGGUCUCAACGUCAUCGCGUUCUCCACUAUCUCUUUUAGCGAAUGGUAUUUCAAAUUCCCUUCCCGCAUUGAACAAAUGCUGUGGAGAAUCGCUUGCGCGACAGCCGAGAGCAGUCUCUUCAUCCACGCUGUUGCAGAAGCGGUCGGGAAUAGGAAGAGGAGGCAGAUGAAGGCGGAUUAUAAUUAUAUCGAGGGGUAUAAGUUGCUUUUUCCGAAAGGGGUGUUUUUGUUCUGGGUGCCGUUUGUAACGUAUCUUGCGGCGAGAGUUGUGAUUAUUGGGCUUGCGGUGAUGAGUUUGAGAGAUUUGCCCGAAGGGUGUUAUUGGACUCUUCCGUGGAGUAAUUUCGUGCCGCAUGUUAGUUGA